AUGAAACUGAAGCUGAACUGUCCCCUCCUUGACCUUGCCGAACGAUUCUGUACCAGCAAAGCCACAGUACACAAUAUCUUCAUUACCCAUGUUUUUGCUUUGCAUGAAGUGUUUUUUGUAGGCAUGAUGGAAAACAAUAUGCCAUCUCUUCUGAAAUGCAAGUUAUCAGUGCCAUCAAGCUUUGGAGAUUUCAGUUGCUGUCGUCUGGUAAUUGAUGCCACAGAGGUGACGCAGGAUGUCCCUGGUCAGGACAUGACAGCUCAAUCACAGACAUAUAGCUCGUACAAAAAUCGACACACAGUAAAGGCAGUAACAGGUGUUGCUCCUAAUGGAGCAGUUAUGUAUGUUAGCAAACUUUAUCCUGGCAGUACCUCAGGUGUGGCUAUAGUGGAACACAGCAACAUGUUAGCUAAGUUAUCACCCGUGGACAUGAUCUUGGCAGAUAAAGGUUUUACCAUAUAUUCACUUCUUCCUCAAGGUGUUCACUUGAAUAUUCCCCCAUUCCUUAAAGAUAAUAAUAAAUAA